UCGCCCAAACACGCCGGUUAUUAGACCGGUUGUAUCGGCGUUGAAGGGCAUUUUGUCCCUGGCCAUCGGUGCAUUUGUGGACGAGGUUUGGCUGCUCUAAUACCUUUUCGAAUUCCUAGCCGACGCCGAUUCGUAACGAUUCGAUCGACGAAGUAGAAAAUCGGCAUCUCCAACUUUGCAUCGUAAAACGUUACGCCCACAGACAUUCGGAAACACCGAUGCUGAAUUGAGUCCUGUGAAUAAGUGAUCGGCCGAGACGCGGCAAAAGUCAGCUAUAUGAAUUCCCUCGACGCAAUCUUUGGCGAGCUAGGCAUCUCUCAAUACCUCGACGCCUUCAUCGACCAGGGUUUCGAUUCAUGGGAAACAAUCCUCGAUAUCACUGAGUCAGACUUGGACGCGCUUGGUGUGAAACUUGGGCAUCGACGAAAACUCCAACGCCGUAUAGCCAACUAUCGCGGUGUUGCGCCGGAGACAUCAUUAGUAUCGCCUACACGCACUAGCAUUGAAGAUGCCAGACUCGAUACGAAUCGAAUCGAACCGGUUAAGUCCGACAAGCCAGACGGAUCGACUGUCGCGAAGCGCAAAUAUAGACGACACCCAAAGCCUGACGAGAAUGCCCCAGAACGUCCACCCUCAGCAUACGUCUUAUUCUCUAAUAAAAUGAGAGAUGACUUAAAAGGCCAGAAUCUGACUUUCACGGAGAUUGCCAAAUUGGUCGGCGAGAAUUGGCAAAAUUUGAAUCGCGUCGAGAAGGAGCCGUUCGAAAGACAAGCGCACGAAGCAAAGGAAAGAUACAACCGUGAACUUACAGACUAUAAGAAGACGAGCGAGUAUAAGAAAUAUUGCGAUUAUUUACAAGAGUUUCGCAAGAGACAGGCAGCUCAGUUGCAAGAAAAAGACGCUUCCAAACGCCUGAAGACGGAAUGUGAUAGUAUUCGCGGCAGUAGUACGAGUGGCGGUUCAAUAGGGGCUAGUGGUACGACCAGUGGUACAGUGAGCGGUUCUGAUAGUCAACCCGGUAGCGAACCACCCCCUUCGCGUCAGCAGCGGAUGGGUUCAUCGGCAUCCACAGCUGAAAGCUAUUUUUCUCCAACGACAAAUGGAAUGCACCAUGGAGAUGAGAUAAUACUUUCGCCAAGGAAUCUCUCAUACGACGAACUCAACAACGGGCGGUCACGUGGAUUGUCGAGUCCUACUUCUCGUGACACUCUUCACCACUUGGGUCGUCGACUUGAUUGGGGGGAUAAUCAACGGAUAUUUGGGGAAUCUGUAAAUGGUGGCAGUGCCUGGUUUGACCCAAGAGGCAUCCAAGGAACUAUGGUACAAUCGCCGGAGAACGGCCCACCUAGUUCGGCUCCGAGUCAAAGUCUAGGCAAUGGAUCUGGCCGUGGGUCAAGGUCAUCUGGAUCUGGAUCCAUGUCACGGCCGCCCUCUCUCAAGACCGAGCAAUCCUCAAGCGGGAGUAUAAGUUCGCUCGGCUCGUUUAACGUUCCCAGGACGCCAAGCGAUGCGUCUCUUCCGAUUCACGCUCUUUUAUCGUCAAAGCCAGAACCUCCAUAUGCUACAUCAUCCACCGCGCAAUCCCAGUUUCCCAUGUUCCAGACACAAUCCGGUCGCCCGCUAGGCGAUCAACUACACGCUAACAAUGCCGAGGCCCACUCUACCACUAUGGUUCCUGGGUCAAAUACCCCAAAAUACCCAACGCGGGGGCUUUCAAAUGAUGCCAUGUUCGGCAUGUCGGUAGAUCCGAAACGACCUACCACUACAAGGAUGGCCAACGGCGGUGAAAGUAACCUUGACGGUAUUAGUGCUCUCUUGAAGGCUCGAGAAAUCGUCGAUAGGCGGUAGGGCGAGCUAUGA